ACCGAGCCGCAAUCCCGGGAGCUUGCGCUCACGUCCCGUCGUUAUCUCUAGUGGAUCCAGAUACAAAUAAAAUGACAGAGCGGGAUGCCACGAGCUGGUCCAAGGCGAAGCUCCAAGAGGUCUUGGUGGGCAUCGUGGUGGAGAAUGAGGCCGGCCGCUGUGAGACCAGUGAGCUGAAGCGGGUGGAAGGUGAGGCUUCUUGCAGCAGCCGCAGAGGAAAGCUGAUUUUCUUCUAUGAGUGGAACAUCAAGCUGGGCUGGAAAGGUACAAUGAAAGAAUCUGGUGCAAAGCACAAGGGAUUAAUUGAGAUACCCAGCCUUUCUGAAGAAAACGAAGUAGAUGACACAGAGGUGAACGUGAGUAAAAAGAAAGGAGAUGGGGAAAUACUGAAGGAUCUUAUGAAAACUGCAGGCACCGCCAAGGUCAGGGAGGCCCUUGGAGAUUACCUGAAGGCACUUAAGACGGAAUUCACCAUGGGAAUGAUUUUACCAACAAAAGCUUUCACAAACCAGGAAUUGACUGUUAAAAGGAAACUGACUGAAAACACCUUGCAGAUUCAGGCCUCCUCUCCAGUGGCCUUGGGUGUAAAGAUUCCCACUGUGGCUCUACACAUGACGGAACUGUUUGACACAACGGUGGAGCAGCUGUACAGCAUCUUCACUGUGAAAGAUCUGGUGCAAAAAUUUUCUAAAUCUCCUGCUGUACUGGAAGCUGAAAAGGGAGGGAAAUUCCAGAUGUUUGAUGGGACCAUCACAGGUGAAUACAUAGAACUGUUAAUAAAUAGAAAGAUCGUCAUGAAAUGGAGAUGUAAAAACUGGCCAGAAGAGCACUAUGCAACAGUAGCACUGAGUUUUAUGCCUACUCUAGGGCAAACGGAAUUACAAUUGGACUGUAAAGGAGUUCCCAUCUGUAAAGAAGAGAACAUGAAAUUCUGUUGGCAGAAGCAGCAUUUUGAAGAAAUAAAAUGUUUACUGCAGCUGAUUACCCUAAAUAGCUGAAAUAGCUUUUAUAUUAGGGGCAUUACUUUUUAUAGUGCAAAGUUUCAUGUUUACCUCUUUAUCAGUACUUCCUUUAAAAAAAAAAAACAACAAAACUCAAUUUAUAUCAGAUGAAAUUCACGAACAGAAUUUAAAAGCGAUGACUGAUUACUCUGCGUUGAGUUCAGAGUGGUAAGCAAUCUGAAACUAUCAGCUUCACUUUCCAUAGAGUUCCUCUAGUAAGAGGUUGAAAUCUCUGUGUGCAAGUAGUUGAAGUUUCUCAAGCUAAAGCUCAUGCUAACAAGUUGGCCUUCAGCUGUACUUUUAAGUUCCAGAACACAAAAUAAAUGGCAUAUUAUACUAUUCCUUUAUUUUACUUUAGUGUUUCUAAGGUGUAUAGCUUAGUCAAGCAGUGGCAUGUUACGUUCAGAAGCAUGUUAGUUGUGGUGUGUGGGCUAGCUGGAGUGCUGUGACUCCUCCUUAUCUUCUUUGGUUGACCUUGUGACUAUUAUGCACUUAGUGGUGGAGACAGUUGAGAAGUACAUGGGUAAGUUGCUGUUUUAGAAUGCCACUAAGUUGAAUGUAAUAGAGCAGAAUGGGUAAGUGCUUCCCCCACUCACUUUCCUCAUUAUUUUCAUCUGAGAAGACUGAAGCAACAUAUAUAAACAAAUGAAAAGUCAUCACAAUCAGUUUAAUUAAGUGCACAGAAUAGCAAUCAGUCAUGUCAAUAAAAAUAAAACAAUUAUUUUUA